AUAAAGACUCCCCCUUCUACCGAUAUAGACUGAACCAAACGUUCUGAGGAUUCAGAUCAAAGUGAAAGUAGAAUCAUGUUGAAGAUUUUUCAGAAAGCAUGUCAGCAGUUAGUUUCUUUGGAUACCAAGCUGCUGGCCGUGUCUGGUACCAGAUCAAUGUCACUGAAGUGGAAGGAUUCGGAGGACCAGGAAGACUCGGAGGAACUCGGCCGAGUCUACGGAGGGUUUGCUUACAAGAAGAAACGGAAACCUGAUGUUACUUACCAACAAAGCAUCAAGUACUUUGACAGUGCUGCAUUUAGGAAAGCUUACGGGUCAAACAGAAUAUGGAUGAGAUACAAAAGGAACUACAAAGGGAACAUAAUGCCACGGCCUCGGUACACCUGUACUCAUAAAGGUGUGUUCCUGACAAACAACCCAUGUCCUGUGUGCCGAGAUGUUUAUCUGGUGGUUGACCACAGGCAUCCUAGACUGCUAAAGGAGUUUCUAGAUGCCAACUCAAUCAAGGUCUCCGACAACAGGAAGACAGGAGUUUGUUAUAAACAGCAGAGAAAUCUCAUCAGGGAGACAGAACUGGCUAUAGAGAGUGGGUACAUGGAGGGUAACUUUCCGUUCCGGGGAUAUGACAUGGACUAUUACAGAUCUCUGCUAAACAAGUCUGAGGAGGCAGAAAAGACAGACGUUCCGUUUAAAAUCUUAAACCCAGAGUUACUGCCUUAUAAUAUAACGAAAAAACACGGUAAAGCAAUGAAGGAGGAGAGAGAAAGACAACUCCAAGAGGACAUGGAGAACAUUAAAAUCUGAGACUUAUUUAUCAACUUUUAUUAUUAAUGUAAAAAAGUAUACAUUUAAAUUGUUUAUGGAGUGAUAUUUCACAUGUACAUAGCAAAAGGUUUUUAUUGAAUUCAAAUUGACUGUCCAUUGAUAUAUUU